AUGUCUAACAGAAGAUCAAGGCAGUCUUCAAGUGCUCCGAGGAUCUCUGAUGACCAGAUGAUCGACCUCGUUAGUAAGCUCCGUCAGUUUUUGCCGGAGAUUCGUGAACGGCGCCGUUCUGAUAAGGUGUCAGCAUCGAAGGUACUGCAAGAGACAUGCAACUACAUAAGAAAGUUGCACAGAGAAGUUGACAAUCUCAGUGACCGUUUGUCGCAGCUCCUCGACUCCAUUGAUGAAGAUAGCCAUGAAGCUGUCGUCAUUAGAAGCUUACUUACGUAA